GCGGUGCUCCGGCCGCCGCCGCCCCGAGCGGCGCUGCGGGCUGUGGCGCAGCGGGGCUCGGCCGGGAGCAGCGCCUGCGCGCCCGUCCCGCCCGCCCCGGGACCGGCCGCGGCAGCCCGGCGGGGAGGAGGGAGCGCUCCGAGCGGGGGAGGCGCACGGCGUUUCCCUUUCUCUUUCGCCGGGCGCCCGCCCGAGGCCGCGGGGCUGCGCCAGGUAGGAAAAUGACUCGCCCGGCACAGAAGCUGGAGUUAUGAGCCAUGUCUCAGUGAGACCUGCGGAAUUAAGAUCAAAUGCCUGGAGAAGUCCAGCUGCACAGAGCAGCGCCGCAGGUCUUGUGAACUGUGGACAUCAGCGCCUCUCAGACUUGCUUAUCUGGCCCCAAGCAUUCUGCCAGCGUUUCCUGAUCCACGAAUGGCUACUCAGAGGAAGCACUUGGUGAAAGAUUUUAAUCCUCAUAUCACCUGCUAUAUCUGUAAAGGCUAUCUCAUCAAGCCAACUACAGUAACGGAGUGCCUCCAUACCUUUUGUAAGACUUGUAUUGUUCAACACUUUGAAGACAGCAAUGACUGUCCCAGAUGUGGCAACCAAGUGCAUGAGACCAAUCCACUAGAAAUGUUAAGGCUGGAUAACACCUUAGAGGAAAUUAUAUUUAAGUUGGUGCCUGGACUUCGAGAACAGGAACUGCAGCGAGAGAUUGAAUUUUGGAAGAAAAACAAACCUCAAGAAAAUGGACAAGAUGAAAGUCCAAAAGCUGAUAAACCCAAAGUAGAUGAGGAGUGUGAUGAAAAUGAAGAAGAUAAAGACUAUCACAGGAGUGACCCACAGAUUGCAAUCUGCCUCGACUGUUUGCGCAACAACGGGCAGUCCGGAGAUAAUGUUGUCAAAGGCUUAAUGAAGAAAUUUAUUCGCUGUUCUACUCGAGUGACCGUGGGAACUAUCAAAAAGUUUCUCAGCUUAAAGUUAAAACUUCCAAGUUCCUAUGAGCUGGAUGUACUAUGCAACGGAGAAAUCAUGGGGAAGGAUCACACUAUGGAAUUCAUCUAUAUGACGAGAUGGAGGCUAAGAGGCGAAAACUUUCGGUGUCAGAACUGCUCAUCUUCGCAAGUCUGCUCACAGGAUGGCACUUUCUAUCAGUCUUACCCUAUGGUACUUCAGUAUCGACCUAGAAUUGACUUCGGUUAGACCAAAGGGCCAGAUCCCACUGAGAUGAAUCCUGCACUAUUUGUUUACCCAUCGACAGAUUGCACAAUGAAUGGAUGUGCCUGGAUUGGGGGGACACAGCCAGAAUUUCAGCAUGCAAAUAAGGACAUUGUCUUUCUUAAAAUUGUCAGUUGCAUCUCUGUUGUUUCUAUUAGAGCAAGCCAAGUGCCAUUCUGCUACUGAAAUGUGCAUAAGAUAUUUGUGUAUCUUAAGAGUGUGCUGCAAAUCAUAGCCAAAAUCAUGAAGUGUACAGUCAAGACUCAAAACCUAUGGAAUAUUUUUGCUUGCGUGUUAGAAAAUUUUUCUGGUCCUAAUAUUGAUUACACUAGCAAAAUGGCAGAGUGCUCAUUCAUGUGGUGUUGCAGUUUCACACACUUACUACUUUACUGAAUAUUGUUGUUUAAAUCAUAGAGUACUGUAAAAAUAACUAAGGAUUAUACCUUGACGAUAUUUUGUAUAGAAAAUAUAUUUAGAAAAGUGGUGAUUAGGCCACUACCUUUUCCUUGAUAAGGUUCUCAUGGGUCCAGGUAUAGCUCACUCAUGAGUGUGCAACAGUCCUUUUGCAGUGAAUGAAGAUUAAUUACACUGAACAAGAGAUGUAGAACAUGAUAAUUCAAAAUAGUAAUUUUAAACCUUAAAAUUGCUAAUAUUGCUUGAAAGCAUUGUAGCCUUUGUGAUUGCACUUUCCGUGGUUUCCCUGAAGUUUGGGAAUUUGGGAUACUAGCUAUUUUUGGAAAAAUGUCUUCUGGUCAGAUUACAUUUCUUCUAAUUAAGCCUCCAUAAAAUGAAGGUAAAAUAAUUCAAAUGUCUAUGGAACAACUAAAUUCUGCUACAAAAUUAUGACCAAGGGAAAAUUUUUCAUAAUUAUUACUUUUCAUAAUAAAUAUUUCCUUUUAAGAUUGAAUAGAGGUCUAUAAUAUACUAAGACAAAAAAAUACAUAGCUUUAAUUACAUACUGUAUCUCUUGUGACUGUCUGGAGUUUAGAAUUCAUUACAGAAAUUUUUCAUUAGUUAAAAUCACAUCAUAAAACUAUUUCCAUAAAAUUAGAGGUAAUGCAAUACUGAAGAUUAGCAGUCUGAACAAAAUAAUUCUUCAGGUCAUCUUUUUUCCUAAGACCUGGUUGUGCUGGAUAAAAAUUGAUUGUUGCCUUAGGUAUUAGGAGCAUAAUGGUUCUAGUAUGGGAUGUUCCUUGGGGUUUUUGAUAAUGUUGCAGGGAGCAUAGCAGUGUGUAUGUUUUCUGUCUUCCGUUGUCUUUGCUUAAAAGUCAGUUGAGUUUUUCUGAUCAGAUUCUCUGGAGAUACUUACAGUUCAGUCAUGUUAUGUAACUUCUGCUUAGUACAUGCCUGCUAGUGUUGUAGAUAGCUAUUUACUUUCUUUAUGCCUUUUGCAUACAGCAGAAAGGAACCAAAUCAAUUUUUCACAAACUACUGCAGAGUGCACUGAUCAUUCUUAGAUAGACAAAGUGAAAAAUCUUUCUUGGGAUCAAAUACAAAAGAUAGAUGUAAGGCUGUAAUUCCUUUGUAAGUAUGUUCAUGUACAGUAGUAUGUUCUGUAGGAGAAAUAACUAUGUUGUGGAUUAGGUCUGGCCCCUUUAAUGUUGUUAAGCAUUCUAACAUAGGUGACCCGAGGAAUCCCAUGAAGUUGGGUUGAAUCCUACCACUGCACUCCAAAGCCCAUAUGACGUGCAGAAAUCAAGAUGCUGUCAAUAGCAGUCUGUUAAGGAACCUUGCCAUUACAGGUCAAGGUUGCACAUAUUGUGGAAUGCCAGUGGAACUGGGGAAGGAAAAUGUCUAGGAAGAAGCUGCUGUCCCUUUCUGCAGUGUGCUGGCCAGCACAGCCACUGCUUUGCCCAGAAACAGGCAGGGGGGACGUGCUGGCUGCAGGGAGCAGACAUCCUACUGCCCACCCAGUCUGUGAUGCACUACUUGACAGAAAGAAGAUGCUCCUUGUAGGGAGGGCCCUUCUCUGCAGAGUCUCUAGGGGAAAAUAGAUUCUUCUUGUAUACAGAAGUGCACCUCAUGGAGCAGCUUGGAAGAGCAGAGCAUGCUUUCUGAUUGAAAAUCAUUCUUCUCUUUAGUAUAUACAGUUGUUUUGUACAGUAGAAAUAGGAUAUUAUUUGUAAAUAUUUACAUGCACAUACCAAUUACACCUUACAAUUUUUAUAUAUUUCAUGUGUUUUUAUACCAGAAUUUUCACUGUAAAUUUGCUUGACAUAAAACACCUGUUUCAGUUUAUCACAAAACUAAUGCUAGGAUGCUUAAGCAUAAUUUCUGCUUGGUUCACAGCACAAUUUUUUUCUCAACAAUUGUGUUUGCUGUUUUGAAAAAAUUGAACAGACUUGUUUUAAAAAGACAGGAAGUUACAAGUUUUAAUCCAUCUACCUAACAGGACCCUUGGAAUAGCACUAUUUUGCCAUGGCUUUGGAAUGGCCAAUAGAAGCUUGGCCACUAAUGGAAGCUUUUUUUUGACUGUUUGAUAACUUGCUGUAGUCAUAAUUCAGAGAACCAUGAAUUUUCUCAAUCGGAGAUGGACAUUGGUUUUGAUUCCUGGUAUUUUCUUGAUGCAAGUUAAAGCUAGAUUUCAGAAGGCAAAUCUUCAUUUUAAGCAUGGAAAAUACUGACAGAACGUUCCCAGCUGCGAAUGGCGGCAUUAAAUGCAUAUGAACUACCCACCUACACUUUCUGCAUUUCUGGUUUGAUGGCAUGGUGCCUGAGUGCUGCUAUAGUUUAAUCGUUUUUGUAAAAGUAAAGUGCCAGUGAAAUACAUAUCUUAACUGGGCAGCUUGUGCAACACAGGCACUGCCUUCUUUACAGGAAAUUUUCACUCAGAUAGUACAUAUGUGCCAUGUCUCUGCAGAUACACAGAUUUAAUUCAUUUGUGCCAAUUAAGAGUAUCUGAGCACCAUAGGAAUAUGAGAAUGCGUGUGCAGAUUCCUGUGUGCCAAAGAUGGGGUAAAGUGAAAUGAGUACCUAGGCUUUCCCUUCAGACUGCACCAUAUGCCAUGCUAGAACUGAUGCCUGGAUAAAGUCACACUUUCUGAGCAUUUCCAUGACAAGGUGUCACCGCUGCAUCCUUGUAAAACAUAGGAAUAUAAAAUAAGUGUUGCUGCCACUGUGUUUCUAUGACUUUUCCAUAUUAGCAGCAUCUAACUGCAGAGGGACCUAAAAAAUUCUGUACUACUACCUAACCUUGCUGUCCCUUAUUUAGCACACUUGGUGCUGCUUGGAUUUUUUCCCCUAGAAGUGAAAAACUCAUUUAUGAAAAUCAUAAACAACUUUUUCUUUUAACAUAGCUGGUUGCUGCAUUUAUCUAGUAACAAGCUGUCAGCUAGAAUUUAGAAACAAGAUCCUAUAGUAUAUCAAACAAUAUGGAAUUAUGAUGAUUAAUCAAGAAAUGUAUCUUUCAUGAUGCAUUACUACACUCCUGGUAGCUAAGGGCCUAGUCCUAUGAAGGAGUUUUUUCAUGAAAUACCAAAUAAGAUUGCUACAAUAACUGAAGUGACUCAUCACCAUAGCUGGUAUUGUUCACAUGAAAGCUUUGGGGAUUUGGGUCCUAGGAGUCUGCAGUUCAAGAAGUAUAUUGUGCAUACUCAGCUAGCUUGCAGUUAUGCAAAAAAAAGUUACACAAGUAUUAUCUUGACUUUACUGAAAAUGUUACACAAAGUGAAGUGCCUGAUUACUAAUAGAGAAUACCUUUUAAGCCCAUUAUUUUCAUUUGACAGGGUAAUAUUUGCUUCUGAAUUUUAUCUAUGGUCUUAAUAUUUUCAGCAAGAAUAUAUCUUAAGCAUACUGUAUUGAGAAGCUUUCAUGGGAAAAAAGGAUAAAAAGAAAUGUGUUCUUUUAGAUAGCUUAAAUUAAAACCAGCCUAUCUCAGUAGAAAUUAUAUUAAAAUAAGUACUUCUUUGUUGAAAAUAUUCCAUUUUCUGCGUGAGGAACUCUGUAAUUCUGGAUCUUGGUCUUUUUGUCUCCAUAGCUUUCAGCAUCUUGACUUGACUUUUCUGCUCUUAUCACAAACAGUUCUAGUGUAUCUGCAGGAGAAAAGAGACUCAUCCCAUUCCAUUUAGAUAUAAGCUAGGCUCUUACUGCAGACAAAAUAAUGGUCCAGAGGUCCAUCUCAUCUCUCCCAUGAAUAACUGGUGUACAUGACUUAGUGAGAGAAGUAAACAAUUUUUUCUUCUCUGCUGUUUAAAAAAAAAUAGACCAUGGCUUAGUCCUUUAAUUGAACCAAUCACUGAGUUAAUGUUGUGGGUUUUUUACAUUUUCAUAUAACUGCAGACAAGAGGUAUUUAUUCACUCUCAUCAUUCUUGAGAGGACUUGCAAAAAAAGUCAUAGCAUCAGCUCAGCCCGAUCCUAUGUCUGGUAGAACUACUAGAGAACAGGUCUCAAAAUAAACAGAUUGAGCCUUGUGUAUAGAGGGGCUACAUAAAAGACUGGUUAAUAGCAUUCACUGAUCAAACUCAUUUUUGUCCUGGAAAAGUGCAGAGGCGAUUAAGACUUACAUCCUUAUCCAAGAGUUUGGUCCAGUUACUUCACUUAAUGUGGCAGAUUGAAGGCAUCUCUUUGCUUCCUACAAAAACGCAUACAUCAUGCUGCAUAUUCCCUUCUCAUUUUACUUCAUGCUUUGUUGACUUAUUUUUCCCAGUUAAAAUGUCUAAACAGGCACCUUCUCUCCAGUAAUUAAUUCUAGGUUCUUACACAUCUUUUGGCCAUUCCCAUACUGCAUCCCAUUUCCUAUCCAAAAGUCAAAAUGUUAAGGACUUAUAAAGGUGAAAUUGCACAUGAAGUGUCAGCUCACAGGUUGCAUUUAUCAGGCAGCUCUCAUGGAUUUCAGCAAAGUUUUCACAGCUCUGCAUUUUCAAUCCUUCACAGUCAAUUUGAGCAAGGUCAUGCUUCUAUACAGGUUUCAGCUAAAAACAUUUCUUUGAGGGGGGAUUGUAGCCUGCUGGAGUGUGCUCCAGGAUGAGUUCCAAAACAUGAGGGGAUUGAUUCACCUGAAGGAAAUGUGAAAACUUCCAGCUGCACAUUUACCUAUAAUUUUGUCACAUAGGGGUUGCGAGACCUUCAGACCUCAGCUGAAACAUCCCUUGCUGGAAUGCCCUUCAAAAGAUGAUCUUGCAAUAUUUAAUUUUUAUUUUUUCAUAAGGAGAUCUACCUAUUGAUCUUCUUUUCUACCUUCUGUCUGCACUGUCUGUAGGUCAGAUUAAAACCUUAGGUUCCAGAAUAGGAAAUUAAUUAAUUCAUGAAUUCCCAACAGUUCCUUCCAUCCAAGGUAUGUGCCAUAAAUCUUUUGCAUUCAGGUACCCUUUUUAACUUAGGUCUCUGUGAUCCUGGAGUGGGGCAGUGAAGCAGAGGAGCUCUCUACAUAGGUAGAGAUGGCCAGGCUAUCUUUUGUAUUUGCAGAAGGAGACAAAGUUUGCUAAGCUCAGGAUGGAGGAGAAAUUCUAGAAUGAGAGAUGUCUGUAGAGCAGUAGUUUUUGCUGUUACAUUAAUUUUAACCAAAGAUAGGCAUUGGUUUGACUUUGCUUGCUUUUCUGAACCAUUAGGUCCUCUUCUUUGAAGUAACUUCUACAUGUAUUUUUAGGACAUGCUUCUAACAUGGCUGACAGUUGACAGGAUGAGGUGAACAGAAGUAGCAACUGUGCAUUUUCCUUAUGACAGUCAAUGUAAAGCAGAGUUGAGAGAAGGUUACUCUACAAUAUACAGAAUGGCUGCACAGUAAAAUGGUUUUGCUGCUAGUUAACAUACUGAGGGGUUUAUUACAAAUGAAAUUGUAAUGAAGAUGGUUAUUGUCCAAGUGCAAGGCACAUAUUUUAUAAUGGUAUUCUACUCUUAAAAUUCAGUUUUGUAUUAUAUUGAGUAUGGUAGAUAUUGUUCCUGUUGUCUCCUGAAUUUUGUUGUGGUAAAAUGAAACAUGCUCCAUUUUUUACUGAAAAAAUAUCACACACCUAUUGAUUUAAAAUUAGUCUUCGUUGUUGGAUACUUAGUUUGUUCUUAAAGACUAGGGUUUUUUAAAAAUAAACUAUUUUUAUGGAUAAUCUGAUUGCCUGAUAGUUUUAAGGGACCUAUUUAAUACCAAAGGUAAUGCCGCCCAGAAAUGAACCUGGAAAAUGACAUUGACACUUUCCUGGAGUGCCUGAAGGGUCAAGAGGUACCUGGAGUCAAUCAAGCAGAACUGAACCAGUGGUAGUUGUCUGUGUCACCAAGCUAAAGGGUUAGGCACACCUAGCAGUUUCCAAAACAAAUUAGAAAAGGAAAGAAACAACAGGAACAGCGUUAAGGUUUAGUCAACAGACAUAGAGUAGCUCUGAGUCCUAGCUCGUGUUCCUGAAGAAAAGCACGUUGGCUUGCAUUUACUGAUGUGUCUGCUAUACCUGGCCUGUGAACUAACAAAAAACUCAGUGUGCUGUCAGUUCUGUAAACCUUCCAAAGCACAAAAUAGUCACCAAGCUACUUUUGGGGUUUCUAGUCAUAGUUCCGUGAUAUUUUGGAGGGUGGAAAGGACAGAUUUGGAGGAUAAUGAGAAGAUAUUAAGUAUGUUUUACAGAUUUUUAUAGCUAUUUUUUUAGCAAAUGGCAUUGCUGUUCUUGAUGUGAGACCAUUGAUUAGUAAGAAGUGAUUAUUUUACUUGUGAAGUAUAAAACAGAGAAAAUAAAAAAAUCCAAAUUAUCUUGAUUUCCCUUUCCAGGAUAGUGGCUAACUAAACUAUAUAUAAUUUAUAUUAUAUAUAGUCAAUAUAAUUAUUUAGCUGGCUGAAAGAUUUCAUCCUAAUACUGAUCAUAUUUUUUUCUCAAAUAGAAGCUUCUUAGCACAAACAUGAAGCAAUGCAUCAUUUUUCCCUUAUUGCAGACUUAACUAUUGAAAGGAAAGUAUUUUGCAUUUUUUUAAAAUUAAUGCAAAGCCUGAAUUGUUGGAUGUUCCAGGCUACUGAAUAGAUGAUCUAGAGUUACUCUCAAUGGAUUUUUUGGGGGUGGGGGCCUAAGUGUCCUUAUAUAAGCUGUGAUCCAAGUUAAAAGAAAGGAGCCUAUGGUGAGCAGUAAUAAUGUUCUAAUGCUUCCUUGCAUUUGAUCAGUAGUUACCAGUUUUUAAUAAAGCAGCCCUCACAGUACUUAGGAGCUCAUAGAACAUAUUGUGACCUUACGUUGCUAAUUUGUUUUAAAAUGUAAAAUGUUUUAAGCUUUUUGUCAAAAGUGAUAACAUCCUAUUACAAAUAAACCUUUUUGUGGUUGUAAAAUUUAGCUUAUAAAUCAUUCAAAUUGAAGUGAAAAAACACAGGUCAUUGUUAAUGACAGUCUAUCCUACUCUUACGAAUAUAUGUAUUUUUGUAAAGGAAAAGCACUUGUAGAUAUUUAAUCAGUCCAACAUCUAUCUAUGUUAAUGUUUUGGAAAAAAGAAAACAAAAUGCUGCUUAGAGAAUCACUUACAUAUGUUUUAUUUUUUGUGCUCAAAUGCAAUUUCUGUUGAUUUAUGGAAUGUUUAUUCUGUGUGAAGCUGUAUAGUUAGUGCAGCUGGGCUAAAUGCAUUUCUCACCUUAACCAAGUGUAUCUGGCUAUGAUAAUACAUUGUGUCCAGUCAGAAAGCAAUUGCAAAACACAGGUUUGUGGUGCUGUUUUUCAUCUUUGAUAUUAGCUUCAUCCUGCCUUAUAACUUUUCUACUUCAUAAUAAGUAUAAAAAAUGCUAACCAUUUUUUUGUUCUGCAUGUGUUUCAAUGGACAUUUCAGGGUAUAUCUGUUUAGUUGAUUUUACUAUGUUACUAACAUUUUUAUAAGAUGACAGAAUUUUACAUACAGUAUUUAAUAAACAGUCCCCUGGAUGAAAAAGUGUGCAAGAUUAGUCAAGUUUAAUAGUUACCUUCCUUCAAAGGAAUCUACUGCUGGGUACAUGCAUGGAAUGUAAGUACAUCACUAAAGAUUCUGAGAGUUUGGGCUAAUACUACUUUUUUUUAAAUUCAGAAUAAAUUCACCUCUUGUCAUAAUUUGCAGCUUUUUGAAAUCUGACUUUCAACUGUGUUUUGAUUUAUCAUAAUGCAUUUACACAGUUUCAGGGAAGAAAAAAAAAUAAAGAAUUUUAUUAAAGUAUAGUAAAGAGUGGCAACCAUAUUUGCUUGUGUACAUAUUAGUGUACAAUCCAACAUCUCUUUACUUAUUUCAGUGGGAUUCUACAGGGAUCAACUUCAUGGGUCUGAUGCUCAGUUAAGUUCUUCAGCUUGACCUCAGUUGAGUGACUUUCUAUAAUUAUCCUUGUAGCUGAGACUUGAAAUGAGCCAGGCUUCCCACUUCCUCACCUAAUUUCCUUUCAUGGGUGACUAAUAUUGCUUAAAUUUACUCUUAUUAUAUUAACCUUCUCAUGAGUAAGUUUUGCAAUAAUGAAUGUGUACACUAGCAGUAGAAUUCAUUGGUAGGAACUCAACUGAGUAAAUACUUGUGUCCUUGACAAACCGGGGGAGAAUUUGACUCAGAUUAUGAACAUUUGAAAUGGCAUUCUCUCAUUUAUAUUCAUGCUUUGCAAAGAUCUGCAGUUGAUCAAGAUUUGAUAUGUUUAAUUACAUGAACAGUGCCCAUUUUUAUAAUUUUUGUUAAGAGCUAAUUUCUAUAGUAAUUCAUUAGGGUCAACAUCUCAGGGUCCACAAAGUAGCAGUUUAAAAUCCAUUUGAUCUGAGUGCAAUACCAGUACUGCAAGCUUGUAUCUUUUGAAGAACCAAAUAUGUUGUGUUUUGAAGUACUUUUAAAAAGCACUGUAAAUUUCACCCAGUUUUACCAAAGGAAUGUGAGGAGUUUUUUUAUCUGGAAUCUGAGUGUGGCCCUAGAAAAAGUGAGACACUUAUAAGUGAGUCAGCACUAGUGAUCAAUUUUCCAUUUAGGGACAGGAAGUGCUGUACUUGGGGUUUUCUGGCAAAACCUCGUGCUCGUGCCUCUUGAUGUAGAGUGAAGCCUGUUCAAAUCUGUAUCAACAUUUGUAAGCAAGAUUUAUUUUGAAACAACAGCUCAUGCAAAGCCUGUGAGUGGGCCUCUAGAACUUGUGUAUAAAUGUAUCAGAUAUGUAAUGAUAUUUCUAACAGUGAACUACCUGUAUGGCUCAGUACUGGUGAUGUUAAAUUGCAUGUUCCAUGCUAAUGUCAAGAAGGUUUACAGCACCUUUAUAAUGGUUGAUAACAAAUGACAAUUUGGCCUGACCUGUAUGCUGCAAGAUGCCUCUAGCCCAGUUGGAUUAAUUUUAUGAAAAAUCUAGAUGAGCAAGAAGUAUAACUAAUCUGCUUACUAGCACUGAAUUGCUCCUUUCUCAAAGCAAUAAAUAUAUUCAUGUUGUAACAUCUGUUGUGCAGCCUACAAUACGAGUUGUUUUGUUGCAUUGUUUCUAUAUAAUUUAUUUUGUGCAAUAAAAAAAUCUCUGGUUUUAUCUGA